GGGGGCAGAGGACAGUCAUGGAGCAAGUGGCCGCACUUUGUUGGAGUAACUUCACGAAUUCACGAUGCAGACUGUCACAGCUUCACGGUGUUUGGAUCUGUGCUUUGUUUUGUCCCUGCUCCAUCCGUUUAUCCUCGCUAGCCGGAUUAUGAGAGACACGGCGGAGCAGCAGAGGACCACCAUCACUGGGCUGGGGGUGAAGGACCACUUGCAGAUUGUUGCUCAGCACAAUAGACUGCGCAGCCGGGUCAAACCCAUGGCAGCCAACAUGCAAAAAAUGGAGUGGAAUGAGAAGUUGGCCUUACUUUCCAAGGAGAGAGCGGCAUCGUGUCACACAGAUUCUUCCCCUCAACACUCCUCACCUGUCGCUCACGUUGGCUGGAACACACAUCUUUCUGCAUACGGUGUCAACUCAUUUUCUGACGUCAUUGACUCCUGGUUUGAGGAGGGAGACGAAUUUCUCUAUUUGAGUGGGCAGUGUAGUGAAAAUGCAUCCUGCCAGCACUACACACAGAUGGUGUGGGCCACUUCAAAUCAGGUGGGCUGUGCCACCCAGCUGUGUCUGAGAGAAGGAGACCUCUGGGAGAUAUUUGUUUGUGCAUAUUAUCCUGGGGGUAACUGGGAGGUCAAUGGUCAGCUUGUGACACCCUACAAGACCGGGCUGUACUGCUCUCUCUGUACCUCCUCCAUGUCUGGCUGCUUUAGACUGUGGGACCAUGUGGGUGGAUUAUGUGAGAUCCCAAAGAAUCCGUGUCGUAUGAGCUGUGGUCAUAACGGCCAUCUCAACAUUUCAUCCUGCAAGUGCAAGUGUAACCCUGGUUUUACCGGACGCCUCUGCCAGGUGCGAUGCAGUGUGCAGUGUGUGCACGGUCGUUUCAAAGAAGAAGAAUGCUCUUGUCUGUGUGAUGUUGGCUAUGGUGGAGCUGAGUGUGCAGAAAAGGUGCAGUUUCCCUUCCACAGCUGUGACGUGAUGAUAGAUGGCGACUGCUUCAUGGUGUCUUCAGAAGCAGAUACUUAUUAUGGAGCCAAGAGUCUCUGUCAGGGGCAAGGAGGUAUUUUAGCUCAAAUCCACAAUCAGAAAGUUCAGGACAUCCUGGCGUUUUAUCUCAGCCAGCUGGAGACAAGCAACGACGUCAUCAACAACGACUUUGAGACACAAAACUUCUGGAUUGGUUUGACAUAUAAGCCUUUGAAAGACUCAUUUCGCUGGGACACAGGAGAGAUCGCCAGAUUCAGCAGCUUUGCCUUUGGGCAACCUGACAACCAAGGUUUUGGAAACUGUGUAGAGCUGCAGGCAUCAAGUGCCUUUAACUGGAAUGACCAGCGCUGUAAAACACACAACAGAUACAUCUGCCAACACGCUGCAGAGCACAUUGCUAAGUGGGAGGAAUUCAGGUGACCUGGAUUUGCUAUGAACUAAAUGUGCAGGAGAUAUUGCCGAAGUUAUCUGCAUGUUUCAUCCUUUUAUGGAACACAGGCCACUGUAGUUUAGAUGUACUGUAUAUACUGUACAUGUAUUAAUAUUAAAUCUUGA